GGCAUGAAGUCGGAGGAAAACAGUCGGAAAUGCCGCAUUAUAUGCCCACAGUGCUCUCUCUCGUUUCUCACCUAUGACACACUGAGAACACAUAUUCAAGAGAACCAUGACGUUAGUUUUGAGUGCCAGGAGAUAGAAUUUGGUUGUCUUGCAGACUUUGAAGAGUGGAAAAUUUCUUACGAAAAAGUAAACCAUGUUCGUUAUGUAAUGAAUUGUUCGGAGCAGGAGCGACUAGAAAAACGUGUUCGAUAUUACCACUGCCAUCGCUCUUUCAAUUUCAAUUCUAAAGGAACAGGUGCCAGGUGUGUCAAAAGUAUGGGCACGAAUAAAAUAGGCAGUACUUGUCCAUCCAACAUGCAAGUGACAAUAACAGAGGACAAAUGCUGCUUAAAAUUUUUUCCAAAACAUAUGGGACACACCCAAGAUGUUGGAAGAACAUUUCUGCAUAGGAACGAGAGGGCAGAAUUGGCAGGACGGCUGUCACAGGGUGUUCCUGUUGGACGAGUUUUACAAGAUGUCCGAAGUGCACCAAUCGCUGCAAGUGUGGAGAGAAUCCAUCUCCUUGAGAAAAAAGAUUUGCAUAAUAUAAAAAGGGAUUUUGAUAUUGGUUAUGCAACGAAGAAGCAUGAAAAUGAUGCAGUGAGUGUGAAAUUGGGGGUUGAAGAAAUGAAGAGACAAAGUGACAACCCAGUACUGUAUUUCAAGCAGCAAAAACAAGUGGAUCCUAAUUUUCAAGAUGAAGACUUCAUUCUUAUUAUAAUGACAGACUUUCAGGCCGAACAACUUCUAAAGUAUGGAGAAGAUAAAAUAUGUGUGGAUGGCACUCAUGGCAUGACUGCAUAUGAUUUUCAACUUUUUACUAUUGUUGUUGUUGAUAGAUAUGGAGCUGGAAUGCCAGUUGCAUUUUGUUUUUCAAAUAGGGGAGACAUGUGCUUACUGUCUUUUUAUUUCAAAUGUGUGAGAGAAAGGGUGGGCACUGUAAAGACCAAUGUGUUUAUGUCUGACGAUGCACAGCAUUUUAUAAUGCAUGGUCAGCAGUAA